UUUCACAUCGAUAGCACGUUAUGUAGGCGUCACUCGUUUAAUUUACGACGCGUUCGAAUAAUGGCAUAUUUUUUAGUGAAGUGACAGUGACGAUUGUGACGACAUUUUAUAACUAAAAAUUACAAUUAACUGUGAAAGUGUUUUAACUGAAGUUAAAAGUGGUUUAAUUGUUUCUAUUUCGGUGUUCACAAAAUGUGCAUGAAUGAAGGAUUUAAAAAAUAUGUGCAUGUAGCCUCAGGUCGGAAAUUUUCUUCCCGAUCACCGGCGCUAAUGAAGCAAUCUGCAAGCGGAAUAUUGAACUAGCAGCCACUCGAACCGACGUUUAAGUGCAAUAAAAUAACACUCCCAAGCGACAAAACCAAACAAAACUAAGCUUUAUAAUCGAACGCAAAAGGAACAUAGUUCUCUUCAACGAAUACACAAUCCAAUGGCUCUGUGCGGAAUUGGAAAGACAAUCCGAGCGAUAUGUCAAUUAAAACACAAUCGGGACUGUAAUCAAUUUCGUGAGCCCAAGACGCGACUCCUUCGCGAGGUUAAACAUCAGACCUGAUUUAAUUAUUUUGAAAGAAUAGAGUAAGUCAAACGAAGAAACCUGAUGUAUGGUACCAAAAGAAAAAAAAUUAAUCGACCCAGUCAGGGACUCGUAUGGCGUCUCAAAAUAACUCACACUAUUCACGACCUAGCUUGGUUACUUUAUCUUCGUAUCUUCUCAUACUCGUAUCUUUAGUAUUGCAAGCAGACUCGGCGUUCGCCUCAUUCGAUUUCAAUUCAACUUUCUCAGGAGUCAAUAUUACCAAUCCCAACUCGACGCUCAAUUGGACUUUUUACGAUAACAACGCGACGGUUGUAAAGCAUCUCCAUAUAAAGCAUUUGAAAUAUUCCACCCUCGUAACUGUGCUAUUGGCAGCGAUUUUUAUGAUAGUCAUAUUCGGUACAAUAGUUGGAAAUAUUUUGGUUUGUGUUGCAGUUUGUUUAGUGAGAAAACUGAGACGACCUAGUAACUAUUUAAUCGUCUCGCUGGCAGUAAGCGAUCUGUGUGUUGCGAUUAUGGUGAUGCCAGUUGCAAUGGUGUACGAUCUAAUGGGGUCAUGGCCUUUCGGACCUGUCAUAUGUGACUUCUGGGUAUCGAGUGACGUUUUAUCGUGUGCGGCGAGCAUAUUGAACUUAUGUAUGAUAUCCGUGGAUCGAUAUUAUGCAAUAACGAAGCCUUUAGAAUAUGGAGUUAAACGGACGCCGAGGAGAAUGCUUUUCUGCGUUUUUAUUGUUUGGAUGAGUGCUGCUUUUAUUUCCCUGCCACCAGUAUUAAUAUUAGGUAAUGAGAAAUCGGACACGUCAUGCUCAGUAUCACAGAAUCAGGGUUAUCAAAUUUAUGCAACCUUUGGUUCGUUUUAUCUACCCUUAACGGUUAUGGUGGUGGUAUACUAUAAGAUUUUUAGUGCUGCGAGAAAGAUUGUGAAAGAUGAAAGAAGAGCACAAUCACAUUUAGAAUCACACUGCUAUUUAGAGAUAAAUGUAAAAAAUGGAGGAGCAGCCGAAGCUAAGCUUUUGGGAAAUCAGUCUCAGAACCCUACAAGAGGAUCCACUGCAAGUACGAAUACUACUUGCAGCGUCGAUAAAGCAGAAAACUCAAUAGGCAGAUGUUUUUCCGGGCGGAAAUCAAACGAAUCACAAUGCCCUAUGUUACAACCACCAAAGACUCCAACCAAACCGAUACACACGAUAAAUCGUCCAGCCUCGCAAAAUUUAAACCCAGAUAGUAAUCUAAAAGAAAGACGAAGACCAUCUUCCGAUAAUCAAAAGCAAACUAGUAGAAUUCGCUCAUCAUUAUCUACUUUUGCACAAAAAAGUCACAUUGCCAAGGACUUACUGCACCCAGUCAACUCUCCACAUCAGAAAAAGCUCAGAUUUCAUCUAGCUAAGGAGCGGAAAGCAUCAACUACUCUCGGCAUAAUAAUGUCAGCUUUCAUUGUAUGUUGGCUGCCUUUCUUUGUGCUCGCCUUAAUUAGGCCGUUUGUUAAUGAAGAUACAAUUCCUGACGCCGUCAGCGCUCUCUUUUUAUGGCUGGGGUACUUAAAUAGCCUUCUCAACCCAAUAAUUUACGCGACUUUGAACAGGGAUUUUAGGAAGCCAUUCCAAGAAAUUCUCUUUUUCCGAUGCUCAAAUUUAAAUCAUAUGAUGCGUGAGGAAUUCUACCACAGCCAAUAUGGGGGGCCUGAGCCGCAUUAUUGUGUGAAUAAUUCGAAAAAUCAGAACUAUGAUGAGGGUGUAGAAAUUGUAUCUGCCGUGGACCGAGAAGAAACGAGGGCGACUGAGAGCUUUCUAUGAUUGUCAAUACCUCAGGUCGAGGACCUAGAUUCUGUGAUCUAAUUAAGACUUUGCAAGGUGUCGUGCCGUUAGUAUUAAUUUACAUAUACCAAUCAAACUAGUCGUCAUAGUCGGUUUAUUAUUUCUUUUUGUAUUUUUUUGUUUUUAUUUUCUUAAUGGUUCAAACUUUAAUUCCCUACUACUUGGAAAACUUUGAAGAUAUAUUUCUAUUUGUGGAUUCGCUACAAUUACUUGAAACUAAUUAAUCCUUUUCUAAAACUCUUUUUAACCGCGAACGGACAGGAACUAACUUGGACUUGGAUUUUUGGCUAUUCAAAGGGACCAAGGAUGAGUUAAAAAAUUAUCAAACAGUGAAAAGAGAGGCUUUGUCCUUUUAGAACAGAAAUUUGGGUGAAAUGAUUGAUAGCAAACGGCGCAAUGUAAAUAUUUGAACUGACACCCGAUUGUUUGACACGCCCAUAUACACAUUCACUGAAGGUAGUUUUAGUCACGUCGUUUUUGAGCAAGUUUACUUAAUCCUACAACUUUCAACGUGUAAAUAUUUGACGUGACCUAUAUUUUUAACAAACUAUUAACAAAUGCUAUUUUAAUAGAAGAUUUGAAAUUUUCCAUUUCGGCUACUAAGUAGGUCCAUAAAAUAUAAAGGGGAUUUAUCCUCUAGAAAUAUGAUAUACACGUGUCUUCAAAGGAAAUCUACGAGCUAUUAAGUCUACAAGGCUGUGGGCUUUUUGAAACAAAUACUGCAUUGUGUUCAAAGCCUUUGAAAUCUUACCUAUUCCAUGUAUACGCCAGCAUCGUUUUAGCUCAAGAUUUGUAGGCAUUUUAUAGUAGGACAAAUGUCUCUUUCUAGUAACCAAUCUAUAACUAUAAUGUAAUAUAUAUAACCAAUGUAUAUUUUCUUAGUUCUUUGUAGUACAAUGAAAAAAUAUUGGCCUAGUGGCAUCAGCAUGUGAAUGUCAUCCCUGAGGUUCUAAUCUUAGAUAUCGGACUGUGCACCAAUGGACCUUGUCUAUGUGCGCAUUUAAUACAUGCGUAAAGGAAAACGGCGUGUUAGGAAAACUUACAUGCCAUAGUAAAGAAUAGUCGCCAGUGGCUGUCAGGCACAGAUGGUUAAUCACCUACUUGCCUUUUAUAAUAUUUGACAUGAUCAUGAAACAGACACAGAAAUCUAAAGUUUAUACCUAAAAAAGGCCGUAGCGCUGCUGUAACCAAUAAAAACAAGUGAAAAAGAAAUAAACUUAAGAGACAAAUCGAGCCCAACUUUUGUGUUAUUUCAAUUAUUCAUAAAUAUUGGUAACUUUUUAUCUCAUCCAAAAGUCCAACAUUGCGUAGGUUAUACAGAAAUAUUCAUGUAAAAUCAGUCUAAUUACAUGGUUAUAACUAAAGCACUUUCAAUAUCUUUAUGACGUAGCGUAAAUGCAAUGUGAGGGAAAACAAAAGUAUAGAAAAGAGUAUUUUAGAUGAAUGAACAGUGCAAUAACACAGAGUCUAUGUGAAUACGGGCGUGUAAGUCUACCAAAGAAGUGUAAAGCUAAGUAAUGGACAUUGAAAUUCACUGUGAAAAUUCCAUUUUAUUAACAUUUAUACCAAUAUCCUUUGGAAUUAAACUAAGUGUCAAUGACCCAUCAACAACAGACCAUUUUGAUACAAUGUAUAGCUAUGUAAUUAUAAGUUUUUUAACCAAGGGAUUAAAUGACCAGCUUGACCAAAGAGUCUAGCUAUAGAAGUGUAACUUGAAUUUAUUGUACCAAGCAUGAGAUUUUAUUGCUAACGUAUCGUUUGCUAUUGUAGCAGAUUAUAGGUGUAGAAAUAUUAUAUCUACCACCCAAAUCGUUUACAUUUAAAUGAACUACUAAUAAAUUUGUGGAUAUAUGGAUGUUUCACGAACAACAAUGCACUAGUAAAAAAUUGUUUAAUCGAACAAUGAUGAGCAGUUGUAGGUGUACGCACACGACCGCACCCUUGCUUUUGAUACAUUUGUUUAUCAGGCACAAAAUAUUGCGUAUUAAUUCUUAAUUAAACAAGUGUCGCACUCGCGUAAAUGACGAAAAAUAAACGCGCUGGAACAUCAGUUUGCUUAUUCGAUACGUCAUUGUAUAAAGCAUCAAUUAAAGUAAAUAAUAGUAGUACAAGUAGUCGCAAAAUAAACGCGAAAUAUGCGAAGGAAAUAAUUGCAAUUUUAAAACUGAUACGAUAACGAUACGGCGUAAUAAUUCUCAUGCUUCUAACGUGUAUGUAUUAAUCUUAAGGGAUGUGACUGUGUAGCAUAAAGUUAGAUACAUGUGAUAGUAGAAAUAGUAGUUAUUAUUUGUCAAAAAUUUUGUUAACUUAAAUUUCAAAUUUCAUUGUUAAGAUUGAUAUCUAUUCAUUAUGUUUGUUCUUCUGGGCAUAUGCAAUGUUUCUUCACGUAAUUUACCUUAUUAAAGUAGAAAAAAAACAGUGUACAAAUUUUAAUGAAUGCAAUUGGGACUGCCAUUUAUAUUGUAUUA